AUGACGAACGAUAUUAAGGAGAUACAAACAAUACAGCCGGGAUUGUCCGAGAUUAAGGAGAUAAAGGGUGAACUGGCUAAUGUGAAGAAAAGGAAACGCAGGUCUAAGAAGAUUAAUAAAUUGACUGAUGGUCAAAUACGUAUAAAUCAUGUUUCGUCUGAAAAAAAAAGGAGAGAAUUGGAAAGAGCUAUAUUUGACGAACUGGUAGCAGUAGUACCUGACCUGCAACCCCAGGAAAGUCGGUCAGAACUAAUCAUAUACCUGAAAAGCUUGAGUUACUUAAGUUGGUUGUAUGAAAGGAAUGAAAAGCUGAGAAAACAAAUCAUAGCUAAGCAUGAGGCAAAAACCGGCAGCAGCAGCAGCAGCGAUCCCGUACAAGAACAAAAUGGAAACAUUCGGGAUUUAGUACCGAAGGAGUUAAUUUGGGAGCUGGGUGAUGGACAGAGUGGUCAGUGA